AGCAACGACCAAACAAUUGACUGCGAUGGCCCGGCGCUGCGUACACAUCGCGCUGCUGUGCAUGCUCGCCUGCGUGGCGCGCGCCGCCGAGGAGGAGACGUGGAAGGAAAAGCUCUCUUCCUUCCAGGCGACGGUCGAGAGCUCGCUGGCCGAAGGCGUCGAGUGGCUAAGCUUCCACUCGGGUCUGGGCCCGCAGUGCGACUUUGUCGAGCAUCCGUCCGUCGCCGUGCGUAGCCACCUGCAAAAGUACCUCACGGGCCAAGAUCGGGCACUGGACUCUGUCGUUGGCGCGAUCGAGUCGUGGGAAUUCUCGCGAACUUCCAGCAAGGACCAUGGCCCACUCGUCAUGGCAAUCACGGGGCCUACCGGCACGGGCAAGACAGAGACGUCGACGCUGAUCGCAGAGGGCCUCUUUCGCCGCCGGCGAAAGCUCGAGCACAGCGAGAAGCUCGUACCCACGGGUCUUCUCGUCUUUCGUGGCGAGGACUUUAGCGACAACUACACAAACCCCGUGACGCAGUACCAAGAACAGAUCAAGUCUCGCCUCGUCGAGCACCUCACCAAGUGCUCUGGCAAAGCCGUCGUCGUCUUUGACGAAGUUCAAAAGGUGAUUCCGCAAACGCUGGACGUGCUGACAAGCGCCAUGAGCAGCAACGCCCAGCUCACGUACUACAAGAACGGGGUCGCGCGCAAGGUCGACUGCAGCAAUGUCAUCUUCAUUCUUAUUUCCGACAUUGGCGUCGGCAACAUGGAAAACAUCAUGAUCCAGUAUAAGUCGCGGGACGAAUUGCCGUUCGCAGAGCUCGAGAACGCGGUCAAGAAGGCGCUCGAUGCCCAAUGGGACCGCCUCCAGUUCGGCAAAAUGAUCAAGCAGGUCAUUCCGUUUCUGCCGUUUGAACAGCGCCAUAUCAUCGACGUCAUCAACCUCAAGCUGCGGCACCUGGGCGCCAACUACGAAGGCAAGUACUGGUACAAGCUGGACAUUGAGCCGGGCAUUGCACAGCACCUCUCGACGCUCGAGUCGAUCCCAUACCAAGCCCGACGCGCCUCCGUCAAAGGGAAGGAACUGCAAAAGGUGUUUGCCAAGUAUGGCGCACGGAGCGUCGAGUCGGGCCCCAUCCAGCAGCUCAAGUCGAAGCUCCUGCGCUACCUUCGGCCGUGGAACACAAAGGCCACGAUCACCGUGUCGUUUGUUCCGUCGACGGAGGAGGUGGUGAUCACGUCGUGCAGCAGCGAAGCCGAAGACGUCGACGACGGGUUUGCGUCCGUUGGUUGCCGCAUCAAGUGGCAAGGCAAGUUCAAAUAAGGUGUAAAUAGGACUACAUACUACACUGGUAUCCACACCGUCGCAGUUGCAGUACCGGUACUAAUAGCAUGAAG